AUGGCGAAUGAAGAUUCAGUGACGGCGGUUAAAUCAAAGUCUGUUUUUGACUAUCUCAACGAUUGGGGCACAACCCUCAUUACCGCUCUUCACGCUCGGCCCCCAUCCCUGCCCCUCUUCAUCUUCACACCUCCGCUGCUCUUCUCGUCCUACCUCAACCUGUCCGGCUAUCCCACCGGCAGCGCUGGUCUAACCGCUGCCUGGUCCGGUCUCUACGUGCUGCUGGCUCUGCGACGACGCCAGCCUUUCCGUGGACGCUUCUCGGUCCGAGGGGUCGUGCGUGGCACGGCGAUUGGGUUGGGGGCCGCGAACUGCGUUGCUGGCGGUUGGGUCUAUGCCAAUGGUGAUUUUGAGAAGGAUGAGAAGGCCAGAGUGGACAGAAACCGAUGGGGCAACUAA